AUCAUCAACUCUAAGCCCGUCAGUGAUGGGUGGAUGACCGGGACUGUGCAGAGAACCGGCAAAUCCGGCUUCCUGCCAUCAAACUAUGUUGAAUGUGUCUCUGGUGUCAAACUGGAUUCAAACACAGAGUCUGGUUCUUCCGAGGAUGAAAUGGAGACGAUGAAGGCUUCUUCUGACUUCACUGCAGAGGGUGAAACUGAAUCUGCACAAGUUUUGUACAGGUGCAGCGAUAGGACAGUCAAAUCUCCCAGUGACAAGAUUGUUUCUACACAGCCAGUUUACCGGGCACUGUAUGACUUUAAGGCUCUGGAAGAAGAUGAAGUCUCAUUCACUAAGGAUGACAUCAUCAUCAUCAACUCUAAGCCCGUCAGUGAUGGGUGGAUGACCGGGACUGUGCAGAGAACCGGCAAAUCCGGCUUCCUGCCAUCAAACUAUGUUGAAUGUGUCUCUGGUGUCAAACUGGAUUCAAACACAGAGUCUGGUUCUUCCGAGGAUGAAAUGGAGACGAUGAAGGCUCCUUUAGACUUCACUCCAGAAGUUGAAACUGAAUCUGCACAAGUCUUGUACAGGUUCAAGUGUCCUGGUCCAGGUUCGUUCCAGUGUGCGCUGACUGGACUGGUGUUUGUUACAGCUCAUGAGGUGGAGAUACAGUACAGGACCGACCAGUGGGAUGAGAAGCUCCUCCAAUCAGCUGGAAAGACCCCGGCUGGACCGCUGUUCAACAUCAAGUGUUCUGAGGAUGCCGUCCAUCAGCUUCACCUCCCACACUGCGAAACAAAGGAAGCUCUGCUCUCUGGAGGCGUCCUGUCUGUCCUCCACAUCUCUGAUGAUGGGAUGAGCAUCCUUGAGCCGCUGCAGAUCACAGAAACUCAUGUGAUUGUAAAAGUUCCUCAUCUGUCUGCCUUCGGCCUUGUCUGGGAUCUCAUAACGGGGUUUUUGAACAUGAAACCGAUUAAGGGACAGGUCCUGUUGUUCCUCAGACUGCCAAACACUGAAACACAGAAGCAGAAUCUUGAUGUGUUUCUGUUGCCAAGCAACAUCCCUGUGAAGGAGGUCUGUGCACAGCAUGAAGACUCUGAAUACGUCAAGGUUCCCCCCACCUGUAAACUCAUCAGAGAUCAGAGUUACUCCGUUCACUGUCCAGUUGCCUGCAUGAUUCAACCACCAAGGGAAGAUUUUGACCCAGACUUUGGACCAAACUACCACCCAACCUUUGAGAUCCGCCUGCCUACAAACACAAAAGAAGUGACGAUCACAGUGAGAGAUCACACAGACACAGAAGUCUGGGAGCGUGAGGUUGAUCUGCCAGGUCAAAGAGGUGAAACCCCACAGAGGAAUGUCCCAGGGGUUUCCUUGGAGGACCAGGUCCCAGCGGAGGACAGGCUGUUGUCAGCUCGAACACAGUUUAUCAGCAGGGUGUCUGAACCGAAUCUGGACAAGCUUCUGGAUAAACUCCUAGAGCGCGGCGUUAUAAAUGAGGAAGAGAUGGAGUCAGCCAGGACAAAGGCCAGAGCAGAAAAAGCUCGAGAUGUGAUCGACACGGUGCAAAGAAAGGGGACCGAAGCCAGCUCGGUUCUGAUUGCUGCUCUCCGCGAAGUGGAUUUGUUCCUUUCCAAAGUCCUGAACUUACACUGAAGCUUAACAAGAAACUGGAGCUGUGAUGAAGAGUUUCUACAACAACAGACUGAUUUCAUGACUGUGAUCUUAACGUGUGCUUUAACUGGACUUUGACUCUGAAAGUGAUUCUCAGUGUGAUCCAACCAAAUCUGGACUGCUGUAGCUGGAUGGUGAGCAGGAAAACAGUUUUACUGAGACGAUGCAUCUGCAGACAUCAAGAUUAGCAGAGCUCGAGUGAAACCAACUUUUUAUAACAAACACAAACAAACACAUCAGUCAGAAGCUUGUCUACAUGCAGAUGCUUCAGCAUCUAACCACAAAAUAAAUCACUCUGUCUUUCUAUGACGGAGAGCACACACUCUUUCCCCUUAAAGGAAAAAAAUUCACUCAAAAAACACUUGUGUUAUUUUUCUAACUUCUUGGUGCCUAAAAUGAAGUCAUGAAGUUUUCUUCCAGGUUUCAGCCUGAAAUCUUUCAGCUCAUUCACACCAGAACUUUAACCAGCCACCAGUUCUCCAGCUUUUUAUGAAGAGACCUUGAGAUUGUGUGAAUAAGAAACCAUGUAAAUUUCGUUACUGUUGCUCUGGUUAGUCAAGUCAACUUUAUUUAUACACACAUUAAAAAACAACAUGAUGAUCAAAGUGUUGUACAACUAGGAGAGAUAAAAUACAAAUAAAAAGCAUAGCAAAACAAAAGCUGUUGGUUCAACUGGUGCAACGAGAUAAAAUUUAUUUUAUAUCUCAACAUUUAAGACUAGAAGGGCUGAAACUGGAUUAAGUGUUAAUCAUUGUGUAGAGUAAAUUUUUCUCUGUGCCCCAUAAAAUACAGAAAUCAGCCAUUUAUAGUAAAAUUAAUACUAUGGAUUAAACACUGUCAUUGAUAAGGAAUUAAUAAUUUUCCAACCUGUGUUAUAUUAGAUCAAACAGCAGGGUGUCUUUGGUUCGGGAGCUCAAUUAAUCAUCACUUGUUUUACUGUAUUAGGACAUUUGUCUUAUUGGAUUUAUUCUUUGAACAUGGUCAGUAUGAAUGGAGCACAUUUAGAACUCAAUGUAUAAUAAAAUUCCCAAAUCAUGUGAUCAUUACCAGAGGUUUUAUUUCCUUUAUAUUUUGAUAUAUUCAACAGUCUCAGAUAAAGAAUAUUCACCUUUUAAGAAACAGUCUGAUCUCAUAGUUUGGUGCAGGGAGUGCUUCUUGCUGACAUACUUUAAAUUUAAUACAUGUUUAAAGAGUCCUGUCAUAUGACUGAAGUGUGUUUGUGUGAGCUGAUGGUGGAAAUGAUGCUCAGUGUUCCUGAUUUGUUGGAACUGGGGUUUAGCUGAGUGUGGCCACAGUUCUGCUCACAGUUCACAAUUUUCUGAUUAAGUGAUGCUUACUGCACAA